AUGGUCUUCUCUCCCAAGCAAGAAUCACCAAAUCCCUCCGAGAGAUGCAAAUUCUUCUCUUCAACUCUCAAGGAUGCAUUUGCCAAUUGCCACAUUUUUAAGGAAAGACAUUCUAGUACUCAAAUCUCAGACGAAGACGAUGCAAUCGAUGAUUAUGAUGAUGAAGAGGAAGUGUUUGUAUCCAUAGUAAUAAGUAAAUACAUGGAGUCCAAAUGCAGAAGACAGACAACUAUCUCAAGUGACAAGUUCAACUGGAGUUUCUCGCCAACAGCAGGAGAUUUAUUCACAUCCACAAAGCUAAUGCAACAAAAGGAGGACAAGGAACAUCAAGAAAAGGAAGAUAACGAGGAUUUCCUCUCUGCUGGUACUCGUUUUUCGCGCUGCUCAAGUGCUAUAAGCUAUGAGGCAUUUGCCACAGCUAAGACAACCCUUUCUCGUUCUUCAAGCUUGAACAGGAUUGAGUUUCAAGAUUUUCCAAGGCGCUCUGCUAUUCAGGAAUUCUCACAUUGUGAAGGAUGGCCGUUUGGUCUAUGCCGUAAACUGUUGUUACUUCCUCCUUUGCCAAAAUCUCCAUCUGAUUCUUGGUCAUGGCGAAAGAGUGCAAGAACGAUCAAGAUAUACUAG